GUAUCUUAUCUUCAAAUUCAUCCUACUUCCCGCCACACUUAGGCUUCUCUGGCCCAGUUCUCUCAGUUCUCCAAGAUGGCGGAGGGUAAUCAUCGAGAGAGGGUGUUUCACUUCAUUUUCGCUACAUUUUUCUGUAUUCUUCUCUAUUAUGACCUUAAACUCUUACCUCCUGGUGUCAUUCUGUACGGAGGGCGUUGGAAAUACUUAACUUUUAUAAAUUUGGUAUUUCAAGUCACGUUUUUUGUUUUCGCAUCAUUUGGGGAUAUUGUUACAUUUUUUAGAGGACAAGAAACAAACUGGAUCAUAUCAAUCAGGGAUACCAUGUUCGCUGCAAUAGUCUUCCCAUGUGGUGUUUUUGUCACAGCCACUUUCUGGGGAAUCUACUUUGUAGACCGUGAAUUGGUUUACCCAAAAAUACUAGAUGAUAUUAUACCAACAUGGAUUAAUCAUGGUCUUCAUACCUGGGUAGCUGUUUCUGUGAUACUAGAAGGAGCUAUAGUUCGCCAUCGAUACCCAAGAAAUGUAGUAGGACUAUUCUUUGCCCUUCUCUUCCAAGUAAUCUAUCUUUCAUGGAUCUCAUACAUUGCCUAUACACAAGACUUCUGGGUUUAUCCAUUCCUUCGUUUAAUGGAAAACUCUGCCAGAACUGCUUUCUUUGGGCUGUGUGCACUUGUUUUAGUGUUCUUUUACUUUAUGGGCAAGGGAAUGAACAGAGUCAUUUGGGAAGGUGAAGAAGCCAAGAUAACAGCCCAGGAGAAAAAGAAUGCAUCCAAACGAAAAGCAAAAAAAGUUGAAUAAAAUUCUCACAUUAAAAGUUUACCCCUUAAAAAUAAGACACAUGAUUUUUUUCCAGAUCAAAGAUAAAUACCUCCACUGUGAUUAAUAUCACUUUAUCAUAUCAUAUGAGUAAAAAUACACAGGUGAUUAUUGAAAAUCUCACGUGCUGAUUGGUCAAGAAACUCACACUAUCACACGAUAAUCUCCUCCAGCGAUAAUCCAAAAUGGCUGCCAGCGGCUUUGUUGCUGUUAAAGGAAAAAAAGAUCUUUUAUCUUCUUUAUUAUAUAUAUUUUUGAAAGAAUCACCUGAGUAUUUAUACUAAAACAAUUAUUUGCCUCAGACUCAGUGAAUAUCAGAAAAGCUUUACCUCAUCGCUCAAAGACUCACAUCUUGGUAAAUAUUCCCCCAUAUUCACUUCGCCUUCAGCAAACAAUUUGUUAAUUAAUUUGCAGUUAUGAAAUAGGUCUUUUCCUUUUAAUAGUUUUUACUUAAUUUUACUUUUCUUUCCUAGAUAGGAUAUUCAAUUUCUAUGACACUUGCAUCAUUUUGAUAUUUAAUUCCUGAUUGUCAAAAAAAUCUUCUAUCACUAGCAACAGGCCUCAUUUCUGUGGGUGUAGUGUUUUCCCAUUUCAAAUCAUGUCAUUCCCUAGAGUGUCAGUUCUUAAUGGCUGCACAUGAGAAGAUACAUGAAUAAAGAAUACAACUCAAAUGAAUGCAUUCAGUACUUGAAAACUCCUUGAAUUCUAAAAUUUUGAUUUUUGUCCUUGAAAAGUCCUGGAACUUUUCUUCUGACUCCUUGAAUAAUUCAUUUUUAUCCUGGAAUUUCUUGGGUACUAUCUAAAAUAUAUUUUUUCAUCUUUAGAAAGAGGAAAACCUUGGUUAAAAUUACAAAAAUAAUUAAAAUGAUACAUAAAACAGUAAUUUCCAGUUGUUUUUGGGGUAUUGUGGGUAAUUUGUUUAUAUUGAUUAAAAAAAUGCAUUCAAUUUCAUACUUUGAGAAUAUAUUUAAUUUUUCAUAUUAUCGAAAUGAAAAUAGUCCUUGAAAAUGACCAUUAAGUCCUUGAAACGUCCUUGAAAAAUCCUGGACUUUUUUUUUAAAAUUUCUGUGCGAACCAUGUGAAUCUUACGUACAGUAUUCUCAAGAGAAUGACAUAUGGCCUGAAAUGGAAAAAAACAUGCCCGAGGUGAAGAGGUCCAUUAUUUAUUAGUAUUAAUUAAUAAAAGUACUUCUACAUAACUA